GUCCGGAACUAGGAGGGGGCUGUCGGUUGACUCCGGACGGUAGUUGUUGGGGGACCGGGAAGCUGCUUCCGCUCGGGUAAAGGUGGGAGCAUGGUCCGCGGCGGCACGUCGGAGUCCGAGUCCUCGUCGGACUCGGAGGGAUCGGAUCUGUCCGACUCAGAGCUUCAAGAAGCAUAUUCCAAAGGUUUGCUCAAACCUGGUUUGAAUGUAGUAGAGGAGGUAGAGAAACAAUGUGUCAACAAUGUGGUGGGCCUGAACCAAUGCCUAGAAGACUUCAAGAAAGACCUGAAGUGGGUGGAGAGGCUGGAUGUGACAAAUGGCCCAGCUGCUGACGUCAUAGCAAAGGCUGAAGGGAGAUGUGUAGGACAGGAAAAUUCAAAUAUUGAUCCAGAAGAUGACUUUCAGCGUGAGAUGUUCUUUUAUCGACAGGCACAGGCAACUGCAUUGGAUGCAUUGCCUCGACUACAGCGACUGAAAAUUGCAACAAAAAGACCAAGUGACUACUUUGCCGAGAUGGCCAAAUCGGAUCAACAAAUGCAGAAGAUUCGAGAAAAAAUGAUAUCAAAGCAGAUGUCAAUGGAAAAGUCUGAAAAGGCCAAGCAGCUCAGAGCAUUACGAAAAUAUGGAAAGAAGGUUCAAGUAGAAGUUAUACAGAAGCGCCAAAAAGAAAAGAAGGCCAUGAUGACUGCAGUGAAAAAGUACCAGAAAGGACUUUCUGAUAAACUAGAUUUCCUUGAGGGUGAUGAGGCUUCUUCAAAAACAAAAAGUGGUGGAGGAUUAGUAGCAGGAUCUGCACAGCGGAAAAAAGGAAUAAAUGCAAAAAGGAAAUAUAAAAAUGAAAAGUUUGGUUUUGGAGGAAGGAAGAAAGGCUUAAAGUGGAACACCAAAGAGAGUUACGACGAUGUCUCCAGCUUCAAAGCAAAAAUUGCACAUUCAAAAAAUGACCGUUUUGGAAAAGGAGGAAAGAAAAAUGCAAAUAAGCGGCCAGGGAAAAGGAAUCGACAGAAAAUGAAAAACAGGUCACGAAAAUAAACUGAAAAUGGAUAUAUUUUCUUAUCUAGUUUUCCCGCAGUGUGGGAUUUAAUGAACUUGGCUCUCCUCUUUUGUAUAUGUACAUUGACGUUUACCUAAGUUUGGCACCAAUAGAUCUGAAUAAAAAGACUUUGGAUUUGGAUGGAA